AUGGCAACCAUCGCCAUUGCCAGAGCCUAUCAACAGUCCUUCGAUGCACGUCCACACACAACGCUCGCCAUCACAGGCGGUCUCUUCAAUGCACUGGGGGAUUUUGUAGCCCAGGUUUACCAGAACACGAUUGGAUUGAAACCUCGAGAACGGCCUCGAACAUAUGAUAUAGCGCGCACAUUGCGCUUUUUCUGCUUUGGAUUCGCGAUGAGCCCUCUGUUGGGACGGUGGAACCAAUUUCUGGAACACACGUUUCCCCUACGAAGCAAUGGUCCUGCAUCGAAAGUCAGUUGGGUGGCAUUAGGGAAAAGAGUAGCUUGCGAUCAAAUAGUCUUGGCUCCUUUUGGUCUCGCUCUUUUCCUUGGCACAAUGGGAAUCAUGGAAGGACGUAACCGACGCCAAAUUCAGCAGAAGUACUCCGACAUUUACGUCCCGGCACUCCUUACCAAUUGGAAGGUUUGGCCAGCCGCUCAGCUCAUAAACUUCCGGUAUAUGCCCCUUCCAUACAGGAUACCAUUCCAAUCCACAUGCGGCGUAUUUUGGACGUUAUAUUUAUCUAUGCUUAACUCCCGAGAGGACGCGAAACAAGAUAGAGAGGCCGCAAUGCAUCGUAUACUUGGGUAG